AUCGACCUCGCCGACAACCCCUCCUUAUCAGCAAAAUGAAGGUCGAAAUAGACUCUUUCUCCGGCUUCAAGAUCUACCCGUCAAAGGGCAAGUUGUUCGUUCGCGGCGACUCGAAGGUCUUCCGCUUCGCAACAUCCAAGAAUGCCUCGCUUUUCCUUCAGCGCAAGAACCCGCGUAAAAUCAGCUGGACCCAGCUGUACCGUCGCAUGCACAAGAAGGGCACAACCGAAGAAGUGGCCAAGCGCCGGGCGCGCAAGACCGUCAAGCACCAGCGUGGUGUGGUUGGUGUUGAUCUUGCUACCCUGAUGGCUCGCAGGACCGAGGGCAAGGAUGUCCGUGAGAAGGCACGCUCCGAAGCUAUUGCUAAGGCAAAGGAGGAGAAGAAGGCGAAGGAGGCUAAGAAGAACAAGCCUGCUCGUCCCGCUGGCACUCACACCACCGGUCCCCGAGUGUCCAAGCAGCAGAUGAAGGGUAAAGGUGGUCGUUGAGUGUUUAUGGGAGUGUCCCUUCGGAUCCGGUUCAUGUAUUCCACAUAUGACAUGAACAUACUCACGCCAUAUGCCAUGACCCAUGCCAUGAUCCGCAAUGCCUCAAGC